CUGCAGGGAGUCUUGGAAUUUUUACUGGACAAGUACAGACUUAAAUACGGGGAUUUCUUUCCUCCAGGAAGUGAGUGUGCAAUGUAUUUGAGUCCCGAAAAUUCAGCUUAUUCCAAUAAUUGGAAUAGUUUCUUUUCAAUUCAAAUUAUUUUAACCCUCGGACGUACAAGGUAGGGGGAAGGUUGCCACAUCCCUAAGGGUUUUCUGAGUUUUUUCCUAGAGGGUAAAACAUCAGCACCUGACAUUUUCAGUAGCUGUUCGUUUAUCCCUCGCGCACAUUUUGAGUGAGGUCCAGUGAUGAUCAGUUUCUAUGGUUACGAGAUAUGACGUCAUAAGUAGCAAGUGGUCAAACCAUUUUGAGUGGAAAUACAUGGUUUUUCAACUUCUUUUAACAAUAAAAGUAAAUCUUGUGGCUAAAAUCAUGCAAAGUGCUUAUUUAUGUGUUAUUUUUCAUGUCAAGCGCAAAAAAUCACCAUUUCUAGCGGUUUUAACUUGAUUUCUAAUUCUUGGUAAAAUCCAAGAUGGCGACCAUUGUUGGUAACGUCACAGGCCUCCAGCAGUGCCACCAUCCAUUAAAUAUACCUCAUCUUUUUAAGAAGAUCAAAGGCUUUCCACUGAAGGUAAAAUCGUUUCUAAAUACUGCAACAUAUCAAAAACUCUAGGGGGGAUUCUUGCCCCCUCCUCCGCUUGUACCACUAUGGGGGGUAUGAAUUUGCGUGUCAUCCGAGGGGUAACUUUUCAAAGAAACUAUUAGGAGCCGGUCCAUAAAAUGAUUACAUUUCUUAUUACAUGUAAUAUUCAGAUAAAAUCGACCAGAUACUUGACGAUGCAAAGAAUACUGAAAGCAUGGUUAAUCAGAUUCUUUACCGAACCUUCACGUAUCAAAAAUGUCAUGACAAAGCUCUUCUUCCUACCGGUGCAAAGGUAACUAUACCAUUUUAGUAUUGAUUAUUUGAAACGUGGUCAGGGUGGGGAAAGACAAAAACGGGGGAAAAAAUAGCACAAAAAACUGUGACUAAAAAAAAAAUACAUGCAAAUCGACAGGGCUGAAUAACGUACUGCGCAUGUCCGUGGCCGUGACAACACUUGUUUACUAAGCGUAACAGCGCAACGGAUGCACUUUCAUCUGAUAAACUCAUUUUUGAGUGCUAACGACGAAGAAUACGUUAGAAGUGCGAGUCUUGUUAAGGAAUUUUAAGUAAACCAGGGAUCAAGGAGAAUUCUUUUGACCGUCUCGGCGAGGUUUUUCAUUGUUUUGAUCGUAAGUUUUAGCAGAAAGAUGACUGAGAGAAAAAGAGCAUUGCUUGAGUUUUGGCGACUUUUCUUACAUGGUACGAAAACGAUUUACUCUAACAAUACCUUAUUACGUUUGAAGAAGAGCAAAUGUAGUUGAGCGAUGCGAUGACUCUUGUGGGUCGUUUCUUGGUAGCACGAAAGCGGACAAGGAGCGCAAUGAAGCCACUAGACACAAGAAAAUUACGCUUAAUCAAUUAAAGUAUUCAAACAUACACAAAUAUUGGUGCGAUCAAAGAAGCCUUUCCUUACAUAUAGCUUAUAUGUACAGGGGAAGGAUACCAAAAUCAUUUCGGUAGAGGUUGUGGUGUAUGUACUACUAACAGUUACAUCUAGUGGAAACUGCACAAAUGAGUGUUCUUAGGAAUGGCCGGAGAUUUCGAUAUGUUUCUCAUGAAUUAAGAUAACGUACGCAGUUAGGUGAGUGCCGAUCUGCCCAGUGGUAUGCUGUGGGCUCAAACCCUGGCCGGACCACAACUCAGGUCUUUAACCCUGGAUCAAUUCCGUUCCGUAUGAAACGAUGCAGAUCGCCCAUUUCUAAACGACUUAUGCUUCCAGGUAGUGCAAGUGUUUAGGUUGGUGAGCAACGAUCUUUGCACAGAUAACUCACUUUGGAAAUUCUGACCAACCCACCUCGAGUUACACACCAAAAAACAAAAACAAUUCACUGACUACUCUUUGCAAAUUGAAUUUCUCCAAUUCCUGGAAAGUUGGCGGGGCAAAACGCCUUAGGAAAAACGAUCAUCUAAGAAGCAAAACUAGAUAAAAAAAGAAAUGAAAAGGAAAAAAAGGUGGCAAUUUAUCAAAGCAUAGUUAAGCAUAGUUUCAAAUCUGAAAAUAACGGUGCUGUACUUUAGAUUGGAAGCUCCCUGACGGUGCACAAUCCUUUGACAAUGUUUUCGUUCACAAAUUGUGACAGAAAAAAAAUUAAUGCGAUGUUUCUAUUGGUCAGUAAGUUCAAAAUGAUAGGAAUGCUAUUAAACGUUGCGUACGGUCAGGUUCAAAAAAGCUAAUAAAAAUAUAUCACCAUUCCACUUUAACAACAAUGAUCAAUUGAGGGAUCGAAAUAAAUUCGUAAAAAAAAGCACAACAAAAACCGAGGAAGUCAAUUUACAUUAGUAAAGUAUGUCAUAAUAAAGUGUUGUAAAUCCCAUUUUAGGCUAUUUCCUUGCGUACUGGAGGAAAACCGGUCGAAAAAGGAAAAUUUGGGGAAAAAAUGUUUUUUUCCCACUAAUAAAAGGCCGUCGCCAAAGUGAUUACAUGUACUAAUAAAUAACUGAGGUGAAAGUGCAUCCUUUGAAAUGCCAUCUUCAAAUGGUUAGACUUUCUAGUCUUUUCGGAUAAGGCCGACGAUAAACUGCAGACCCUGUUUUUAAACACUUUCAGGAACAGGGAAACGAAGUACCCGGUGUGGUAGUCUAUCUUUGACAGCGUGUGGUCGGCCUCACUGGCUUAUCUUUAAGGGCUUCAAAGAGAAUGAUACCCACUCAGGAAACUCAAGAACUCACAGGAAACUUGAAAACAUAACUUUACAGACUUAAAUGUAAGCUAAUAUUUAAGUUAUCAUCAUAAUAAAAUAAACACAGGGGUUAAAGAGAAAGGUGUUUCUGUUGACUUCACAGGCGUGGGAAGCCCAUGAAGCUAUACUGGUAGACGGUUACCUUAUAACCCAUCACCCAGAUGUACGCGACUAUGAUCCGAAUCAUGGCGCUAGAUACACGAUACCCUUUUCCCCCAGAUUUCCACAUUUUGAGGUAAGAAUACACCAUUUUCACAAUAACAUCAUUUAAAUGCAGCCGACAAAGUGCUUUAAGUACCAUAUAUAAUCUCUCAUUUUACAUGUAUGAUACGUGGGGUCACCCGCCGAGGUUGGCUACUCGAUCUCCCAGACCUAUCAACGUUGAAAUUUGGCUCAGAAUCAAAACUGUUUCUUUCCAAGGUGAUGAUUCUGGAAAGUGGGGAGACACGAUGGCUGGGGAUAGGAGUAGUGUUUGGCGAUUACGACACGGAAUUGAUGCCUGGAUGGGCCGAAGGAACAGUUGGAUUUCACACAGAUGACAGGAAAAUAUUUGAUACGAUCGGUCAGGGGAGAAAGACUAUAGGUUUGUAAUCUAGUACAUUUUUUAUUUUGAUUAACGACGGCAAAAUAUUACAUUGGAUGACAGGAAAAUGUACGACACACUGGAAAGAAACAUGGAAGAAAAUGAUUUUAUUCAAUUAAGCAUAGUAUUGCACUUGAAAAUAUUUUGGGUUACAUGAAUAAGUUAGUCCUAAAGAGUGUAACGCGGAAGGCUGACGAAAAGACAAAGUUGCAGUCAAAGUUUUUGAUGAGUCCGUUCUAUUUUCGCUCAUUUUUUAUUAUCGAUUUUCGCAUUACUUAAUCCACGUGACAGUUUUUACUGAAAAAAAAAAAAAAAAGAAAAGGCUGUCAUGUUUCAGAUGUACUACUACGAGUGCCUAUUAGUCUGAUUUUUAACCUUUCGAUUUGUAAAGACAGUUGGUGGUUGGUAAGGAGUUUAAUUAUUAUUAUUAUUUGUUUUUCCCUUAAUAAGGCUCUACCGCAGCUCGCCGAGGUGACGUCAUUCGAUGCACUGUCAAGUUUAAAGACAAGCUAGAGAUAGACGGUCAAAUCCGAAUUCCUGUUGUUUUUAGUGUAAACGGAAGCAAGAUAAUUCCCGAAGAUAUGAACCCAUCUUACAUUGAAUACAGCGUGGACAGACCUCUGUACCCCUACCUGGCCUUUGAAUACGAAAACAGCGUUCUGGCUAAGGUAAUAUUACCGCGGUAG